CCCACCCUUUAAGGAAGUGGGGAGGAGAGAGCCGCAGGGGUGUGGUUAACGGGGAGGAGAGGAGGACUAAACACAAACCUGUCAGCCCCGUUCUCCUCCGGGGCCACCCGAGCGGCCGAGGAGCCCACCUGCAGCCCCCGCGCACCUGGCCCACAGCGGCCCCGCGCAACUGCCCGCGCCGAGGAGCCCCCGGCAGCCCAGCCUGCGCCUCCCUGCGACUGCAAUGUACCAACCCUAGCUGCCGUCUGAGAGGAUGUCUGGGGUGUCCGAGCCCCUGAGCCGAGUGAAAGUGGGUACAUUACGCCGGCCCGAAGGCCCCCCAGAAGCCAUGGUGGUGGUGCCGGUGGAUGUGGAGAAGGAGGAUGUACGGAUCCUCAAAGUCUGCUUCUAUAGCAACAUCUUCAAUCCUGGGAAGAACUUCAAGCUGGUGAAAUGCACGGUGCAGACAGAGAUUCGGGAGGUCAUCACCUCCAUCCUGUUGAGCGGGCGGAUCGGUCCUAACAUACAGCUGGCUGACUGCUAUGGGCUGAGGCUGAAGCACAUGAAGUCAGAUGAGAUCCACUGGCUACACCCCCAGAUGACGGUGGGCGAGGUGCAGGACAAGUACGAGUGUCUCCAUGUGGAGGCUGAGUGGAGGUAUGACCUCCAAAUUCGUUACCUGCCAGAGGACUUCAUGGAGAGUUUGAAAGAAGACCGGACCACACUACUUUAUUUCUACCAACAGCUCCGGAAUGACUACAUGCAACGCUACGCCAGCAAGGUCAGCGAGGGGAUGGCCCUGCAGCUGGGCUGCCUGGAGCUCAGGCGGUUCUUCAAAGACAUGCCUCACAAUGCACUGGACAAGAAGUCCAACUUCGAGCUACUGGAGAAGGAAGUGGGGCUGGACCUGUUUUUCCCCAAGCAGAUGCAGGAGAACUUAAAGCCCAAGCAGUUCCGGAAGAUGAUCCAGCAGACGUUCCAGCAGUAUGCCUCGCUGAGGGAGGAGGAGUGUGUCAUGAAGUUCUUCAACACCUUGGCCGGCUUCGCCAGCAUAGACCAGGAGACCUACCGCUGCGAACUCAUUCAAGGGUGGAACAUCACUGUGGACCUCGUCAUUGGCCCCAAGGGCAUCCGCCAGCUGACAAGUCAAGAUGCAAAGCCCACCUGUCUGGCUGAGUUCAAGCAGAUCAAGUCCAUCCGGUGCCUUCUGCUGGAGGAAGGCCAGGCAGUACUGCAGUUGGGCAUCGAGGGGGCACCCCAGUCCUUGUCCAUCAAAACCUCCUCUCUGGCAGAGGCCGAGAACAUGGCAGACCUCAUUGAUGGAUACUGCAGGCUGCAGGGGGAGCACAGCGGCUCCCUCAUCCUUCACCCCAGGAAAGAUGGUGAAAAGAGGAACAGCCUGCCCCAGAUCCCCAUGCUGAGCCUGGAGGCCCGGAGGUCCCAGCUCUCGGAAAGCUGCAGUAUUGAGUCAGAUAUCUAUGCGGAAAUUCCUGAUGAUACUCUGCGGAGAUCUGGAGGCCCCCAGUAUGGUAUUGCCCGGGAGGAUGUUGUUCUGAGUCGAAUUCUUGGCGAAGGCUUUUUCGGGGAGGUCUACGAAGGUGUCUACACCAAUCACAAAAGGGAGAAAGUCAACGUGGCUGUGAAGACCUGCAAGAAAGACUGCACCCUGGACAACAAGGAGAAGUUCAUGAGUGAGGCAGUGAUUAUGAGGAACCUCGACCAUCCACACAUUGUAAAGCUCAUUGGCAUCAUCGAGGAGGAGCCUACCUGGAUCGUCAUGGAGUUGUACCCCUAUGGGGAGCUGGGCCACUACCUGGAGAGAAACAAGAGCUCCCUGAAGGUGCUCACCCUCGUCCUGUACUCGCUGCAGAUCUGCAAGGCCAUGGCCUACCUAGAGAGCAUCAACUGUGUGCACAGGGAUAUCGCUGUCCGCAACAUCCUGGUGGCCUCCACUGAGUGUGUGAAACUGGGGGAUUUUGGCCUCUCUCGGUACAUUGAGGAUGAGGAGUAUUACAAAGCCUCUGUGACUCGCCUUCCCAUCAAAUGGAUGUCCCCGGAAUCUAUUAACUUCCGCCGUUUUACAACAGCCAGUGAUGUCUGGAUGUUUGCUGUGUGCAUGUGGGAGAUCCUGAGCUUCGGGAAGCAGCCCUUCUUCUGGCUGGAGAACAAAGAUGUCAUCGGGGUGCUGGAGAAGGGGGACCGGCUGCCCAAGCCCGACCUCUGCCCGCCUGUGCUCUACACCCUCAUGACCCGUUGCUGGGACUACGACCCCAGCGAGCGGCCCCGCUUCACAGAGCUCGUUUGCAGCCUCAGUGACAUUUACCAGAUGGAGAAAGACAUCACCAUAGAGCAGGAAAGGAACAUACGCUACCGACCUCCCAAAAUCCUGGAACCUACCGCCUUCCAGGAACCACCACCCAAGCCCAGCCGGCCCAAGUACAGACCCCCUCCACAAACCAACCUUCUGGCUCCCAAACUGCAGUUCCAGGUUCCUGAGGGUCUGUGUGCCAGCUCCCCGACGCUUACCAGUCCCAUGGAGUAUCCAUCUCCUGUAAACUCGCUGCACACCCCACCUCUCCAGCGGCACAAUGUGUUCAAGCGACACAGCAUGCGGGAGGAGGAUUUCGUUCGACCCAGCAGCCGAGAGGAGGCCCAGCAGCUGUGGGAGGCUGAGAGGGUGAAGAUGCGACAGAUCCUGGAUAGACAGCAGAAGCAGAUGGUGGAGGACUACCAGUGGCUAAGGCAGGAGGAGAAAUCCUUGGACCCCAUGGUUUACUUGAAUGAUAAGUCGCCUUUGACCCCAGAGAAAGAGGCUGGCUACACGGAGUUUACAGGGCCCCCCCAGAAGCCACCUCGACUGGGCGCACAGUCCAUCCAGCCCACAGCCCACCUGGACCGGACAGACGACCAGGUGUACCUCAACGUUAUGGAGCUGGUGCGAGCAGUGCUGGAACUCAAGAACAAGCUCACACAGCUGCCACCCGAGGGCUACGUGGUAGUGGUAAAGAACGUGGGUCUGACCCUCCGGAAGCUCAUCGGGAGUGUGGAUGACAUCCUGCCCUCCUUGCCGUCAUCCUCACGGACAGAGAUUGAGGGGACCCAGAAGCUGCUUAACAAGGACCUGGCAGAGCUUAUCAACAAGAUGAGACUGGCCCAGCAGAAUGCCAUUACCUCCCUGAGCGAGGAAUGCAAGCGGCAGAUGCUGGCCGCCUCCCACACCCUGGCUGUGGAUGCCAAGAACCUGCUGGACGCAGUGGACCAGGCCAGGGUUCUGGCUGACCUUGCACGCCCACCUCCUGAGUGAAAGGGUGGGAGCUCCCACUGCGUCCUCCACCCCACCUGUCACCUGUCGUGUCCUGCCCACACCCCCUAGCCCCUGGCUUGCCUUUGGUCAUUUGGGUCUCUUGGGGGGGGAUGGCAGAGGGGAUUCCUUCCCUUGUCACUUUGCACGACCCCUUGUCCCUACCCUGACCCCAGAUUGUACUGCUCAGGCUGCAGCUGGACAGAGGGGACUCAGGGCUGACAGAGGGCUCUGAGGUGGCCUCCCCACCAGGCAAUCCUGCCUUCAUUGUGCCUGAUCCCUUGGGGGGGAGGGGUGUCCUUAGGAGCCCAGAAUGGCUUCAUGCAUGGACAUAGCCAGCCAGUUAGGGGAUUAUGCUAUUCCUCCUCCUUUGUCUUCUUGGGUCCUCAGAGCCCCCCCUCCGCACCCAGAGGACUUUAUUGGGGGAAGGUAAGCUGGGGGAUGGGACUGGCUUUCUUGUACAGUGUACAUUGGGGUUUAUUUAAUGUGAGUUUGGUCUGGGCUGACAGCCAUGUGCCCCUAAAGUAGAGGGGACCAAGGAACAGUUCCAGAACAAAUGACCGGAGCCCAGGCCCCGGACACCGGACACCACCGUGGUCAGCUCACCAAGUGUUCAAGGAGGGGAGAGGGGAGGGGAGGCCAAAGCAGCAGGGAAGGCAACCUGUACCUCCUUGACCUGCCUUCUUUCUCUUUUCUUACUCCCCUUAUUCUCCCUCCAGCCCCUUGGCUCAUCCACUUUGUCUCUCUGUGUUUGUGGAGAACUCUUUUAUCUUCUUUCUAUCAGACUUGUGGAUGAAUUAAAACUGGACUAUUUGCUUUGUG